CUCGGUCUCCAGCUAACUUUGUGCGGGCGGGACUGUCAUAAAAGAGCAACCGAUAUAGUCGAUGCUAGAUUUCCCUGAAACGUUCCACCAUGUUUCCGUGUUUGGCGGACUUCACCAUCCGAGAAUGACGUUGAUGUGACAAAUUUCUACAUUUGACCGCCCGUCUAGAUGUCCUAACCACCUCUUGGCCGUUUCGAACCAAGCCAAUAACGUGCCUAAGCUUGCCUGCCCCAGUAUUCUCCAGCGGACACCUCGAACCAGCCGAAUCAAAACCUAAUAUAAAAAGAAGCAACGAGCCAUUCAAGAUUUCUUACGGCAGAAAAGCACAGAAAAUGGCAGAUCACAUCCAUGGUUCUUCCCCCGGCCACCCUCUUCACUCGGGACAGCUCCAUCACCGCUCAGACACACCCACGCUGCCUCCAGCCAUACCGGAGCAGCAGGCAACGGCCACUGGCGUCGAACCAUUGCCUUAUCCCAUGCAACGGACGUCUUCUGACGAGGAAGAUCAACGCCCGCCGCGUUAUACACGCGAAAAUGACCCUUUCCAACUAGCUAGUAAGCUGAAGUCUGAUGACGAAAUCGAUAGGAUAAAGGCAAAUACGGCACGAAAGCGAGGAGGCUGGACAAACGACGGCGUCAAGAGUUCCUCGAGAAAGUUGCAAGGCUUCUACAAAUCCCAGAACGAAAACAUUGAGAAGCUGCUGAAGCCAGUCGAUGAACAUGUGCGGCUGGCAAGGGAAUACAACACCCAGAACCAGCUCAAAUACAAGAUCGCCGUCUAUGGCAGUUUCGUUGCGAACGUCAUCCUAUCGAUACUCCAACUCUACGGCGCCAUUGCAUCAGGAUCUCUGUCACUGUUUACAACAAUGGCUGACGCGGUUUUUGAUCCGCUGUCCAACCUGACUCUGCUCAUCAGCCACAAGGCUGUGAAACGUGUCGAUGCACGCAAGUUUCCCGCCGGGAAGGCGCGGAUCGAAACGGCCGGAAACAUCUUUUUCUGCUUCCUCAUGACUGCCGUAUCGCUGAUUUUGAUUGCGUUUUCUGCCAAGAGCCUUGCUGAUGGGAGCACGGAGGAAACAUUGGGGUUCAAAGUCCCGCCCAUUGUCGCCGUAUGCAUUGCGUUUGUAACUAAGCUGGCCUUGUUCUUGUACUGCUGGGCACUCCGGAACAAAUAUUCCCAAGUCCGUAUUUUGUGGGAGGACCAUCGCAAUGAUCUCUUUAUCAACGGACUCGGUAUUUUGACCUCCGUCGGUGGUAGUAAGCUCAAGUGGUGGAUCGACCCAACGGGCGCCAUGGUCCUCUCUUGCGUGAUAGCUGUCCUGUGGCUUCGAACAGCAUAUUCUGAGUUCCAGCUCUUGAUUGGUGUCACUGCAGACACACACACGCAGCAGCUGAUCACAUAUAUAUCUAUGACGCAUUCCCCACUGAUCCAAGCCAUCGACACCGUACGCGCCUAUACUUCAGGGCCGCGUCUGCUUGUGGAAGUCGACAUCGUCAUGGACCGCAACGAGACCCUUCUGGCCACCCACGAUGUCGCAGAGGAAUUACAGAUAAAGCUCGAAAGCCUUCCGGACGUGGAGCGGGCCUAUGUCCAUGUUGACUAUGAGACGACUCAUAAACCAGAGCAUUUCUUGAAAAAGGAACUCUGAGUUGAGAAGCCAAACUAGACAUGUAUGGCAUUUUACUUGGCUGACUCUUAUCGCACGACGUGGUAUGUGUAUGAUAAAUUCUUAUAUCUUGUGCGCAGGCAAGAUUGGUUUUGAAGUUCGAGUGGCAUAUUGUACAUGUACAUCUCCUCUCUCCUCGUCUCGUCUUAAUCUUUUAAUGUUUUUAUAUUUUUAUGGCUGGGGAGGCCAUGGAGUUUCUGUAUUUUUCAGACUCGAUAACCAUUUUUGGAAACGAAACGAAAUAAAUCAUGAUGAGAUGAACGUCUAGACACCCAUCAUACUUUCACAAUAUUCUUUAUUAUUAGGUGAAAAUAUAUACUUAUUCAUGUGGCUCACACACCCUAAAGAGCACAGAAGAAGUUUUUGGAGAAAUCAAGCAUAUUCUAUCAAAGCAGUCAUGAUAAAUUCGCUAUUAACUGGCUCUCUCCAUACCCGUCUACAGUCUACAGUCUAUCCAUGACACCCCCCUCGCAGAAACACCCUUUCAAAACUCCUUACCUUUACCCACCCCACUCCCAAAAAUCUCAUCCCUCCGCGCCUCCCGAUCCCACACAACCCUCCCAUCAUCCUUCCGCUUGAAAUACAAAAUCCGAUGCUGCGGAAUAAACUCCUCGUCCGUCUGCUCCGACUUCCACCGAUCGAGCGAAAUCUCCUUUUCACCCAAGAACCGAUCUUCAUAGCCGAUGAUAUACUCCGUGCCAUGAAGUGACGGGUCCCAGCGGAGCCGACUAAGAAUGUCGGAGGCUGGGCGCAGUUUCGCGGUUAAUACGGGAGGUUUGGUGGUGGAUUUGUGGGUAUUUUUCUUUUUGGUGGAUGGGAGGAGGUCAGAUUCGGUGGUUGCUUCGUCGUCGUCGGCGUUGUCAUCACCGCCCUCCUCUAUGUAUAUGUCUGAAUCGUCAUCUUCUGAAUCAGAGUCAUCAAAGUCGUUGUCUUGGAUGGUGUAAGCGCCCCAGUCUCUGUCGUCGAGAUUCAGAGGUCCUAGAUUGCCCUGCUUGACAUGGGACACGUCUACCCAGGCCGAUGCGGAAUCGAAGUAUUUCUUAUCGUUGUGGAUAUUACUUGCAAAUUGAUCUAUCGAUGCUUGCAGUGUAUCGUGCGCGAGUUUGCGAUCAGAUUUGCUAAGCGUGCGCGUUGGAUCAGUGGCAUGCUCUGCUUUUGUUAAACCGAUUAGGUAGCAGCCCUGGUAUUCACGCUCCUCUUGCGCUGGGGUGGAAUCAUCGUGGUCCUCGAUCUGUGUAAACCUGGCAGGCCAUAUUCUGGUCUGGAUGUCUGGGAAUUUUCGAUGUAGAUCUGUUUGAUUUGAAAGACCUAGUCAGUUAAAUGUAUUAGACUAGAUACUACUGUGAUCAAGGGGCGCUCACCAGCAAGAAGGACCAAGCAUCUGGAUUCCAACCAUCCCACCAACGAACUUCCCUUCGCUAGCGAUAAGCCCCAAUACUGCACAUUUAUCUUGAUAUAACUGUUGUAUGAUCUCAGAAACUCAUCGCCAGAAACGGAUAAAGACGACUUUCCAGUGUUAGCCACAAUCCCAACGAGUUCUGCCCAAUUUGUAUUUCCUUCUGAAAUGAGAUUAUCUGCUCGUUUCAUUUCAUCGACUAUUGUUCUCGUGGAAGGAAUCGAAGCGGAGCGUGCAACAUUCAUAACAGGAGCAUGGAGCGUUAGUAUAACCAUACCCUCCUGGGGCGUUCUAUGAUACCGGGGCGGUUUCUUAUGGAAGCUCGGGUCAUACAUGACGUCUUCCUUCCAGUUGAAGUUUCCAUAAUAAUUAAAAAAUGUACAGAGGAUAUCUGCAGCGCUGGUUACCGGAGCGGGAGAGGGGAGGAGCUUCAUCACCUGGGACAGCAUCAUCGUGAUAUGGAUUCCGCCAAGGUAGCCAAAUUUGGAGGAGUAAAUUCCACGGUGCUUAGCCCAUGCCUUGAUGAUACGAUGUAGUAAACGGAAUGUAGCUGGAUUUGGGACCGUUCGUUGAAGGUACGCUUGGUCCCGGUACGGUUGGAGUUUCAUUAGAGGAAGCAAUGCUAGGUCAAAUAAGGGGCUAGAUCGAGGUAGGUGAGGUACUUCUAGCCAUCUAUCAACCCACCCACGUUAGUUUCUGAAUGUAAAGCUGAGUUUACCAUCUUAAAUUAAAUCAAACACACCUUUCAGCAACAGCUGCUGCUGGACAAUACUGCAAAUCGAACUUGACGCUGUUGAUUUCAAGCUCCAACAUUGUCCCCGUAGCAGCCUUAACCUUCCUCAGGAUUUUCACAUCCCAUUCUGCUCCCUUUUU